GCUUCCGUCUACCCGGUCGGGGGCACAGCCUCACGCCUUCCCUUCCUCACACAUCCCGGUUAGCGGGGCUGGAGUCGGGUGGUGUGCCAAUCCUGGCUCUGGCAGCCCGACUUUGCGGCUGCGAAAGCCGAGGAAGCACGUCCACAGCCUCCCCCAGACGUGGAUUCCAGCGCUGCUUGGCUCCACCGACACUCGGAGAAAUUGUUGGUAAACCUCACUCUGGGACGCUGCGCGGGCUGGGAUCCCAGAGCAGCCUCUGGUCGGGAUGUGUGUCUAGAGGAAAAGAGAGAGCUUACUCACGGGUUGGGAAGCUCUGUAAGCGAUGCCACAUGGGCUCAGGCGUCUGCUGGGACCUGAAUCUCAGCUACAUUUCUAACCCCAGAACUUCUUCGUUUUCGUCUCUCGUUUUAGGCAGCAGCCUCCUCUUAGACCGGCUAGUAUUAAGGUUGAAACUGAAUCCAUUGCUUAAAAGCAUGAGGUGAACCCCGUUUACUUGGAAUUCCUUAGGUCAGGAAAUCGCACUUUGAGUUUCUAGGGAGCUUCUUAUAAUAAAGUCCUUUUAAACGUUUUUCGUUGGUCAUGGUUUAGAAAAAGCUAUUUAAUGAUACAUUAAAUUGGAGAAUGUGCAAUAUUUCAUGGACUAUUUAGACUGUACCACUAAAUGGGAUCACAAAAAAUGUUGGUAACUUACAUGGAAGAAAUAAAACGUAGGAAUAUCUGUCUGAUUUUUUGUCUUUUUUCCUCUUAAGGUCACUAUACACAUCUAACUCCUUUGUGAAGUAUGUAGGUUUAAGAUGUAUUCCAGUAAAAAUAAAGAAAGGAAAAGAUUGAAUUUAAUGACUCUGUCAUCUAGUGACUCCUCUGUGCGGAAAGUGCAAGACAGUGCUGGUUCCUUAGGAGACAGACAGUGCCACCUCUUCUCCCACUCUGUACCCAUACCUCACCUACCCUGUAAAUGAAAAGAGAGAAAUACGAUUAUUGUCCUGAGAUGUGUUUGUGGCAGGCCUUUGAGAGAAUCUGUGGUAGAGGGAGCUUCUUCAUCCAUUUGCUGUGAGGAACUGGACAUUUGUUGUAGCUGAAGGAGUGGAUGCAGUUCCUAUGGUGAAUUAGUGGCAGAAUGAGAAGUAGAGAUUAAAAUCCUGGACUCCGAAGGCACUGAUCUGCGCUUCCAGUUGAUGAUAGCAAUAAUUAGAAAUAGGAUCUUUCGAAGAUGGUUUGGCUGCCUUGGAGAUUUGGAGAUCUGAUGCCACGAUGAGGACUCACACACGGGGGGCUCCCAGUGUGUUUUUCAUAUAUCUGUUUUGCUUUGCGUCAGCCUACAUCACCGACGAGAACCCAGAAGUCAUGAUUCCCUUCACAAAUGCCAACUACGACAACCACCCAAUGCUGUACUUCUCCAGGGCAGAGGUGGCAGAGCUCCAGCUCAGGGCCGCCAACACGCACGAGCACAUUGCAGCCCGACUCACCGAGGCCGUGCACACCAUGCUGUCCAGCCCCUUGGAGUACCUCCCUCCCUGGGAUCCCAAGGACUACAGUGCCCGCUGGAAUGAAAUUUAUGGGAACAACUUGGGUGCCUUGGCAAUGUUCUGUGUGCUGUAUCCUGAGAACAUUGAAGCCCGAGACAUGGCCAAAGACUACAUGGAGAGGAUGGCAGCGCAGCCUAGUUGGUUAGUAAAAGAUGCUCCUUGGGAUGAAGUCCCGCUUGCUCACUCCCUGGUUGGUUUUGCCACUGCCUAUGACUUCUUGUACAACUACCUGAGCAAGACGCAACAGGAGAAGUUUCUUGAAGUGAUUGCCAAUGCCUCGGGCUAUAUGUAUGAAACCUCAUACAGGAGAGGAUGGGGAUUUCAGUACCUGCACAAUCAUCAGCCCACCAACUGCAUGGCUUUGCUCACAGGAAGCCUUGUCCUGAUGAAUCAAGGGUAUCUUCAAGAAGCCUACUUAUGGACCAAACAAGUUCUGACCAUCAUGGAGAAAUCUUUGAUCUUGCUCCGAGAGGUGACAGAUGGCUCCCUCUAUGAAGGAGUCGCCUAUGGCAGCUACACCACUAGAUCACUCUUCCAGUAUAUGUUUCUUGUUCAAAGGCACUUCGAGAUCAACCACUUCGGCCAUCCAUGGCUUAAACAACACUUUGCAUUUAUGUAUAGAACCAUCCUGCCAGGAUUUCAAAGAACUGUGGCUAUUGCAGACUCAAAUUACAACUGGUUUUAUGGUCCAGAAAGCCAGUUAGUGUUCCUGGAUAAAUUCGUCAUGCGUAACGGCAGUGGUAACUGGCUGGCCGAUCAAAUCAGAAGGAACCGUGUGAUGGAAGGUCCAGGGACCCCAUCCAAAGGGCAGCGCUGGUGCACUCUUCACACAGAAUUUCUCUGGUUGAUUUCAAUACCAAAGAAGAUGGGGAAGCUAAACUUUGGAUGAUUUUAUGUUUUUUUAUAGAAAACUUCCUUCAAGUUUAUUUUGCUAAAUAAACAUCCUAAUUGUGAUUUUUCUAUAGUGUCUUUCUCCUUUGUUACAUUACAUUCUACAUGUAUGAAACUUUUUCUGAAAUCUUUGAAGAGAGAUGUUUAUUUGGACAUGCAUUAAUUAAACUUAUAAAGCAGUGUUUGAAUCAAAAGAAGUAAUUUCUCUGUUUAUUUUACCUUUUUCUUGUUUAUACAUGUAAAUAAAAAACUAACUGAAUAUUUAAGUAACAUUAAACAUAAAAACGUACAAUUUUCAUAGUUAUUUUCAAUCAAGUCUUCAGGAGAUAACAGCAGCUUAGAGUAUUGGAGACAUAUUCCAGAGUUUAUACAGUAAAUUCUGCAAAAGCCAAAACCUAUGUAAGGCGGAAACCUGUCAGAACAGGAAAACUCAAAUAUUUUCCAGUAAAACGAGCGAUGCAAAAGUGGUAAGAUCGCACCCUAUCAAACACGGAAAACUAGUGAGAUCUGGAAAAACAAGGCAGUCCCGUAGAGUUCCAGCUCUCAGAGGUUUCACUGUACUUAAGCAUAAGAAGUUGCUAUACUUCAAAGGAAUUUAAAAGAUCUUACACUGAGCAUAUUUGAGUCUUUAAUAUAUUUCUCCCUUGAAAACAGAAAAUAUGCUCAGCUCAAGUUUUAAAAGUAAGGAUACAUUCAUAGGUCUAAAAUAGUGAUCUGUUCCUGUUGUCUUUUUUGCUCAUGGAAAUACCAGUAUAUAACCAAAAACAAGAACAGGGAGAAACUCUUACGAGCACCUUUUUGCAGUUCUAAUUUAUACCUUCUUACAUAAAGAAAACAAAUUUUGGCUUUUAACUGUGCUUCACUCAUUACACUUGGAAUCUAGAAAAUGAUUUCUGAGGAAGUUUUUUUUCCUUUCAUGUAAAAAGUCUCUAGGGAGGAUGUCAUUACACACUGUUUAAAAGAAUAAUGCUUCCGUUUGUCCUGCAUGGAUGCUCUUACUGGGAUUUAAACUUGCUUUAUGUGACAGAUUCUCCGUUUACUUAACCUCAUUCGACAUUCCUCUCUCCUACUCUUUCUCAUUCAAAAGGAUGAAUUGUCUGAAAUGAUCAAAAGGAAAUUUUGAAAAAAAACGGGAAAAUUACUCUUUGAGACUACUGAGCAAACCUGAUCUCAGAUCCAAAAGGCAGACAUACUUUCUAAUGGAGAUGAGAAAUGCAAGCAAACACCAACCCCAGUUUUCCUUUUGUUUUCAUGAGGUUAGAACCAGGCAAUCAGUCACCAUAGCAUGAUUCAAUCUAACAAUUAGUUCAUUUUAAAAGUCGUUUUUAAAAAGAUGGUAAUCUUGUGUCUUUAAAAAACAAAAGGAAUUAAAAUGACAUGUGGACUUUUUUCCUCUUUUGAAUGGACCUGGCAUUUAUUUCACUUAAGAAAUUUCUGCAGACAGUGGCGUAAGUGGUUAAGUAAAAAAAAAAGCCAAAACAAAUCAGAGCACUUCAUAAUGAGACAUGUUUUAUAUCAGGAAUAGUGCAUAUUUGAGUAAAACUAAGGAACUCUUUGUAUCUUCAAGAAAGCCAAGCAACGUUAAAUCUCCCUUGAAACUGAGUAAUCAAUUAUGGAAUCUGUUUCAGUGCUGCUCACUAUGAAAGGAGUGUUUCAAGUUUAUUGGAUAAUAUGUGAGCUGUUGUUCUGGAAAUUGGCAGGACUUUUGGUCCAAGCCUUAAAGAAAAUUUGAGAAUCUUUAGCAUACAGAGCUUGUCUGUGCAGUUAGAAGUAGUAGAUGUGAGAAAUACCCUUGUUUGUAACUGACUAGCUUAGAAGCAGACAUGAUGAUGGAUCAGAUCUGUCAUCUGCUGAGAGAACAUUCUUUUGUAAUUGUUAAUAAAGUCAGGUGGAAGACCCUAUUCUGGGACUGUUGUAAUAAUUAAAAUUUCUUCUGUCACCUAGAAUAUUGAAUUAAUUCUUCCACCAAUGUUUUAGCCAUCAUACUUUUAAAGAAAUAACCAGUGUUCCAAGGCUACUAGAAAAUAUGUUUCAACAGUAUCAGACACACUUAAUAUGUUUUUAAAAAGGAAAAAAAAUUACAUCAUAAGUUACUGUGUACUUAAAAAAUUCUUGGUAGUUCACAAACCACCCACAAAGGAAUCUGUAAUUUUGUCAAAUUUUAAGAGAAAGUUAUGAAAUAUAUUUGUAAGUUAAAAAGUGAAUGCUGUUUUUCCUUAGAAGUAUAAAAUAAAAUUCAAGUGAAUAUAGUCACAGGCCAUGCAGUUUAUCAUCCAAACUGGGACACUUUUGAGAGCUAAAGGAAGAGCAAUUAAUAAUUACUCUAGACAAACAUAUCUAAACCAGGGACUGUACUGGGCAAACUGAGACAUACGGUCAUCUUUUUCAUAGGUUAAUUCAGGAAAUAAAAGGGGUUAGGGAGGUGUGUGAAGGUCUAACUUUAAGUUUACUUCUAAGUUUAGUGCUAAAAAAGGAACUUUAGAUAAUCUAAUCAAGCCCCUGAAUCUGCAGAUGAGGACAUUGAGGCUUAGUGGGCAAAGGAGGUGGAUCCUCUCAUUCCCUGCCCUGUGCUUGCUUGUUCCAGGGCUUAUUUCUGUUGGCAAAGCCCAUUAGCUUGAUUCUUUCCUCUUUAGGUUCAUGUUGAGAAGGGGUCAGUUUCCACAGUUUAUUUAACUUACUGGUAACGAUGACAUGUUUUUCCAGCAGUGUUUCAGCCAGAUACUUGCUUUAUGCUGUCUAAUGUCAAUGAAGUACUGACAAGUUUUCAAGAAAUGACCAAGAGAAAUCAUGCAUUUAUUUCACUACAUGGUCUAAAUAUUUAAUUUGAAUAGAAGGGUUCAGACUCUGAGUUAAAUGAUACAUAUGGUCGCUAUGUCAGGAAUUAAAAUGGAUGAAGUUGCAGUAUGCCUUUCUUUUAUGUUCUUUUUCUUGAAUAUAGAUUCCCCCCCCUUUUGUUUUUGGGGUUUUUAAAAGAAAUUUUUAUCAGUUAUAAGCAUUCAUGAUAGAAAAGUAAAAUAGUACUAUAGGAUCGCUGUGAGUCAGAAUCAACUCAAUGACAGCGGGUUUAGUAGGCCUAUAUUUAAAAAACAUUCCUUGUCCUCUCCCUUCUCACUUCUGAUUUUUGCUUCCUAGAAAUAACCGAUUUCUGAUAUCUUAGCUGUUGCAUCAUUUAUUAUAUAAGAAGAGGAUUUAGCUCUCUUGUCACCCAUCCGCAUUUCUUAGUACAUACUUCCUAUCCUCCGUGGCCCAAAUGGUCAGCUACUAACCAAAAGGUUGAUGGUUAGAAUCCACCCAGAGGAGCCUUGGAAGAAAGACCUGGCGAUCUACUUCGGAAAGAUCAUAGCCAUUGAAAACCCUAUGCAGCACAGUUCUAUUCUGACACAUGGAGUUGCUUUAAGUCAGAAUCAACUCAACAGCAAAUGAUUUUAACAUCCUAACACAGCUAUCAUAAUUUUUGUUAGGUCAAUAUUCAGUAUUUAUAUGUUAAAACUAUGUAAAUAUGACUCAUAGAUUAACCUUGCAGAGUACUAUUAUAUUUCCUUUUUUAUACAACUUUAAUUUUCCCAGAGUUAAUAAUUAUUCCUUUUUUCUCAUUUACUUUCAAGUAGUCUCCCCAUUUUAUUCCCAGUCUUUCCAACAAAAGUGUGACUCUCUUAUCACAUCUAUCAGGUAAUCUGCCAGUUCUUUUGUUUUGGAGCAGGCCAUUAUAGAGCCCUCCUUCCCUCUUGCACUAAUCUGAACUGCUGCACAUUGCUCACCCUGAGAACUCCUUUCUCCAUCAUUCUAGGGCUUUUCCUCGCCUCUCUUCUUUGUAAAUCUUCUGUUUCCUGAAUCCCAUAUUCUCCUUUUUCUUAGCUAAUGCUUCAUUUUGGUGGAGCAUGUCCUUCUGGAGAUUCCUGAGAAAGGUUGCUUGGGGAGUAAAUAUUUUGCCUUUUUCCAUGUCUGAAAAAAUAUUCUUUCUUUCACUUGACUGAGCCUUUAGCCAGCAAUUCUAGGUUGGAAAUAAUGUUUCCUCAGAAUUGCAAAGGUAUAGCUUUAUGACCUUCUGGUUUCUGGAGUUGCUAUUGGGGGGGGAGUCCUUUUCUGGGUUUUCUCUCGGACAGAGCGAUUUACUCAGAGAGAACCAUCCAGUCGCCUCCCUGGUUGGUUUAGUGGAAGGAUGCUAGGGCAGUGGGUUAUUUAUUAGGCCUAACUGUUCUCAAAGUCAAGUGGAGGAAGUAGGCUGAAGAUCUCACUGUUUGGUAAAUAGACACUCACUUAUCCUCUGAUUAAGUACAGCACCUCCACCCACAGCUGUGCUGUGUCUUUAAGUUCAGAAUCCCUCUGCUUAGUCUCUGCGGGUCUCAAAGCCUUAUCUUCUGCUUGAGUCUGUGGUUGCCCAGCUGUGGUUCUGUUUCCAGCUUCAUGUGCAUUACUACCUUCAGAGGUUGUUGUUGCUGUGCGCCAUCAAGUCAAUUACCUGCUGCCAAUUCCUGACCUUCCUUGUGGUUCUGCUGAGUCAACUGCCUUGUUUAUGACAAUUCCAACCCCAUUCUUCUACUUAUCUCCUAUUUAGUUUUCAUCUCUUCCCAACUUCCUCAGUCUUAUUCUAUUCUCCAUUUAUUCAUUCCACAAAUAUUUUUUGAGCAUCCUCUAAGUCCCAGACACUGUUCUGGUACUUAAAAUACUGUUGUUGUUAGGUGCUGUUGAAUUGGUUCCGACUCAUAGCGACCCUAUGCACAACAGAACAAAAC